AUGAGUCUUCCAUCUAGGCCCCCGUCACGGGUCAUUAUCAUUGGCGGUGGAGUAUCAGGCAUUGCGAUGGCUUGUCGUCUCAAAAAAGUCUACAACUUAAACGAUUACGCCAUCUAUGAUCGUCAACCAGGGCUUGGAGGAACCUGGCUUGCUAAUACAUAUCCAGGAUGUGCCGUGGAUAUUCCAGGGCUUUGCUACAGUUUUUCCUUUGAACCCUGCUCCGACUUCACUCAGAUGUUUCCACCCCAACAGGAAAUUUUGAAUUAUUUGUCUUCUGUCGUCACUAAAUAUCGGGUUGAUCAGCAUUUUACUGGACAGGUUGAGUGGAUUGAUUCUACUUGGCAAGAGAAGACACAGACUUGGAUUGUGACAUUGCAGAACCUCAAAACAAAGGAGCUUUUCACGCAGGAGUGCCAGGUCUUGAUAUCCGCAGUUGGUGGCCUGGUUAAUCCACAAGAACUCAGAGUGCCCGGUGUCGAACGCUUCCAGGGAGAUAUCAUUCAUACUGCCAAGUGGAAUCACAAUGUUGAUCUCACAGAUAAAAACGUGGCCGUGAUUGGGAACGGAGCAUCCGCUGCACAACUAGUCCCUGCAAUCAUUGGCAAGACAAGAUCAGUAACACAAUUCAUGAAGUCUUCCCAUCAUCUUGUCGAGGCGAAGAACCAUAUGAUAUCUCGAGAGUGGAGGGAUCGAUUCAACCGUUUCCCUUUCUUGCUCUACAUUAUUCGCAUAUUCCUUUUUCUCUAUAUGGAAAUAAUGUGGUUCAGAUUUCAGAACACCGCGCUCGGGAAAUCGGGACGGGACUCGGUUGAGAGGAAAAGCCGGGAAUACGUUCAAAAGUCAGCGCCAGAGACAGAAGCAUACUGGCAUCUAUUAAUACCUUCCUUCGAAUUUGGCUGCAAGAGGCGAGUCUUUGACCGAGGUUACCUCGCUACUCUUCACGAGAGUAAUAUGCACUUGACCGACGACCCCAUGAUGGAGAUCACGCCAAACUCAAUUAUCACAAAGUCCGGCCAGGGGUUUCCUGUCGAUGUCAUCCUUCUUGCCAAUGGAUUUUCCCUCACUCAUUAUGAUACCCAGAUCCGAGGGCGCCAGGGCAAGACGCGAGAGCAACAUUGGAAAGAAUAUGGCCAUAAAGCCACCUUCAAAACAGUUGCUAUGCAUGGAUUUCCCAAUUUCUUUUAUAUCCUCGGGCCCAACUCUGGCCGGCUGUAUACAUCCACCAUCCAGAUUAUUGAGAGUGAGGUGGAUAUGGUUAUCAAAAUUAUCAGCCCUAUCUUACUCCGCCGGGCUGCCUCUGCCGAGGUCAAGUUAAGCAGCGAACAACGUAUUUUAUAG